AAACAGUUUCGCUUUCAAUGGCCCCAUCUUCGUCUCCUUUAUCGAUUGCCUGAGCUCUUGUGACAUCAAAUUCGUCUUCAUCUAGAUCAAAACGGCUUGGUGCUGGAGUCGAUAACGAGCGCAACUGUUCAGCUAAAGACGCCAUGUGGAAUAGCUUGGCAGCCUCGCCUUAAAUUAUUGAAACGACAAAAUUAGCAAUUACAGGGGAUAGGUUGGCGAACUGUUUUGAAGAUAAUUUUUUCGUUUCGCUCCUUGUUAAAAAUGAUUCUUAUUGUUUUUACGUUAAAAAAUUGAUAGAUUUGAAGGUUUCUUUGUUGGGUUUUCAAGAAACUGGAGUAAAUUCAACAUGACAGGUGACGAGUGAAGCCAAAAUAACUUACCGGCCAGGGGAGGGAGGGGGACGAAGUGGCACACAAUAGAAGAUGUGGAACACUCAUGACGUAAUUUGUUGUGGUUUCACAACACCGCUGUGGAAAUGGCGGUCGAGCCGAGUGCUUCCCCCAUGUUGUCAACUGCUUUCUUGCACAAUUGCGUCUCAAAACUAGAAGAUGGCAGCUCUGAAGACAACAAUAAAUCGCCACAUCUAUCAAGGAAGUCUCUGAACGAACUAGAAAGUUCUGAAAAGAGUGGAAUUCCAUUAAAUACUGCUUGGACGUUAUGGCAUGACAAAUAUGUUCGAGGGGCAACAGCAGCGGAAUAUGCAGCGAAUCUGCGAAAAGUGUACACUGUUCAUACAAUUCAGAGUUUCUGGAGUGUCUUCAAUAACAUACCACUCACGUCAUGUCUGGAUAUGAGAACGAGCUAUCACUUUAUGAGGGGAGAGAGAAAGCCAUUAUGGGAAGACAAAGAGAAUGUUAAUGGAGGCUACUGGAAAAUGAGGUGCUCCAAGCAAAACACAGUAAGUCAUUUGUUUUGAGUUUUUGAGUUGUGAGACUGAGACUUCAAAGUAAUUUACAUGCAACUGCAACAUGUUCAGACUCUAAGAGGGUCUUAUUCUAGCUAAUUCAGACGUCAUUUGUAAAACCAAACAAAAAAAUUGGGACUAAAGACUUUCUUAGAAUUGUUACAACGUUUGAGACUCCGAUCGAUACUGACGACAGCUAUAGCGGCGCUUGUCCACCGCUAGCUGG